AUGUUAGAAGUCAUUUUAUAUAGUCCUCUUUGGCAUUCGCUCCUCUGGUUCUGGUCCUAUAUCGAAGGGAUUCCUCCAUGGCUUACGCAGCCUGAAGUAUACAGAGUGCUCUUGGCAUGGGCUAUCGCUUUCACCCUGUUUUACAUCAUCUUCACGUCGUUGGGCUUUGGACCGACCGGCGUUCUCCCCGGAUCGAUUGCUGCUUUCUUCCAAUCCUUCAUGUACCGCGGUUUUACUCCUGCAGGAGGAUUAUUUGCAACCAUGACGAGUUUGGCCAUGCUGGGCAUGAUGACGCCGGCUGUUGCCGCUAUCUCUGCCACUCUUGCCACAGUCAUCGCCUUGAUCGUAUGGCAAUUCGAGGUUCGAGCAUAA